ACAACCCCAUGUAGAAAGGUUUCCGUUUUAAUUUAUGGAGAUGUUCUGAUUUUAUCCCGGCCAAUUGGUAAAGAUGUAGAGGAAAUGAAGCAGCAACACAAACUGUGGGAGAUCAAAGGGGGCCGAGGGCGGAAGAGCGCCAUUGCAGCACGGAGUCUGGGAAGGUAUUUAAUGCCGGGGAACAGUGAGCUCAAACUUCCAGAGCCACCACAGAGUCCGCACACUCCGGCACCAUGGCUUUGUCCUGCAAAAGCUGGCUCUCUAACGAGGGUGGAAAACAUCUGCUUUUGAUUUUGUGGCUCUCGGUCAACGUGCUACUCUUUUGGAAAACUUUUACACUUUAUUACCGCGGUGCACAGUAUUACUACUUGCAUCGUAUGCUUGGGCUAGGAUUAUGCAUUAGUAGAGCUUCUGCUUCAGUCCUGAAUCUGAACUGCAGUCUUGUCCUGCUGCCCAUGUGUCACACUUUACUGGCAUUUCUGAGAGGGUCACAGAAGAUUAUGAGUAGAAAAGCAAGAAGAUUGCUGGAUAAGAGUAAAACUUUUCAUAUUACAUGUGGUUUUACGAUAUGUCUGUUUUCAGUAGUCCAUGUUGCAGCUCAUAUGGUCAAUGCCUUAAACUUCUCUCUGCAUUAUAGUGAAGAAUUUCCAGCCCUCAAUGUUGCUCGUUACCGGGAUGAGGAUCCCAGAAAAAUCCUCUUCACAACAGUUCCAGGCGUAACUGGCUUCCUCAUGGUAUUGGUGCUUUUUUUAAUGUGUACAUCUUCAUCAUAUUCUCUAAGGUACUCAAACUAUGACAUCUUUUGGUAUACACACAACCUCUUCAUUGUCUUCUAUAUUUUACUUCUGCUUCACGUGACUGGAGGCAUGUUGAAAUAUCAGACGAAUUUGAAUGAACACACCCCUGGCUGCAUUGAUCCGAAUAAAACAUUAAUUGAUGAUAUCCCUGUAUCUGAAUAUCCACCAGAAAGCAAUGUGGAGCCAGAGCCUGGGUUGGAAAACAACUUCCAGAGGAUCUGUACUGAAACCCCAAAAUUUCAGUCUAAUUUACAAGAGACAUGGUUUUGGGUGUCUGGUCCUCUCUGUCUCUAUUGUGCAGAAAGGCUGUAUCGAUAUAUUCGGAGCAAUAAACCAGUUACCAUCAUCUCAGUGAAUUCUCAUCCCUGUGAUGUGAUAGAGGUACGAAUGGUAAAAGAUAACUUCACAGCAAGGCCAGGUCAGUACAUUGUUCUGCACUGUCCAAGUGUGUCAGCAUUUGAGAGCCAUCCAUUUACUCUCACAAUGAGCCCUGCAGAAAACAGAAGAACAUUUGGCAUUCACCUCCGUGUUCUUGGAGAUUGGACAAAAAGAUUUAGAGAACUGCUGCUGUCUGAAACAAAUAUGGAUGCAGAGAUCCUACCCAUUCUGCAACAGAGAAAUUACCCAAAAUUAUAUAUUGAUGGUCCAUUUGGAAGUCCAUCAGAGGAAGUCUUCAACUAUGAGGUUAGCCUUUGUGUGGCCGGUGGUAUUGGAGUGACCCCUUUUGCUUCAGUACUAAAUACACUAUUAGCUGAUUGGAAGCAAUACAAGCUCAGACGGCUUUACUUCAUUUGGGUGUGCAAGGAAAUCCAGUCCUUCCUCUGGUUUGCGGAUCUGUUGUGCCUUUUACAUGACAAGCUAUGGCAGGAGAACCGUCCAGACUACUUGAACAUCCAGCUGUAUCUUAGUCAAACAGACGGGUUGCAGAAUUUAAAUGCAGAAAAAUAUCAAGUGCUGAACUCCAGGCUUGUUAUUGGAAAGCCUCGCUUGAAACUUCUGUUUGGUGAAAUAGCCAAGUGCAAUAGACAAAAGUGUGUAGGUGUUUUUUGCUGUGGACCCAGCAAACUCUCCAAAGAGCUUCACAAUCUCAGCAACAGAACCUGUUCGCAUGGAACAAAAUUCGAGUACAACAAGGAAUCAUUCUCUUGAAAACCAUUUUGGAAAAUGUGCAGUGUAAAAUAAUAAUAAAACUUGAAGUGCAAUUAAUUUUGUUAAUAUGGUGGUCAGCAGGAUUGGCCUUAGACAAUCUCCAGACACCAAAGAGUGAAUCAUUGAAUGCAUACAGAUACAGCAAUUAAUGUGGUGCAGGUAUAAGUUUGUGUAUUGGAUUGUCAAAAUCAUUUUAUGAUCAACUCAUACAUUUUUGUAAUUUUUGGGGAAAGCUGGAUAUCUUGUUUUUGUAAUAACACUUGUGUGAUUUUUAUUGGAGUUUUAGCAAAUCUAUUUCUUAUGAUGAAAUUUGCAUGUACAGAGACAGAAGUUGUUUAGUGUCAUACAUUGAACUGGAGAAGGUUUAAAACUGCUGUGAGAGGUCAGGGAAUUGGGAACUAUCUAAGGCUUCAGAACCUCCAUCUGAUUCCAGUACCUACAGUACGUUGUGUACUGUGACACAGCUGACGCAAUAGUUAAUAGCCAUGUCUGUUUUCUCCUCCAUGUUAAAGCAUAUUCUUUGUAUGGUAUUAGAAUACUUCUGUGUUUUUCUGCACUCAACCCCCACAUAAACGUGACCUUAAUAAUACAUCUGCAUUUCAGUCUGGUUGUCUUCAGUAUUGAAUUAUGUCUCCACAGCUCAUGUUUCAUGCAGAAUAAUUGCAGAGGGGCUAUUGAUUUAGUUUCAUUAUGAGACAGAUGCAUGUUAAAUUGGAGGAUUUUCUAUUAUUAAAUAAAUUUUAAAGACUGAGCCUGUGGUAAAUGUUGCAUAACCUUUACUCCUCUAGUUCCUUUACAUGGCUAGCAACAGAGUGAUUUAGAAUCUACAGAAGCAAAAUGAUCUUACGGUGCUGCACUUUAAUGUACUUACACCCUGAGCAAAGCAAUGUGAAAUCUCAGAGAAUUUUUACCUCAGCUGGUUGCUGAAUAUAAACAAAAUAAAAAUCUUAAUAUCUAAAGGGCCAAGUCAACCUUUUGCACUCAAUGUACAUUUGAUUAGCUGAUAGAAAUCUUAAAGUGGGUUUUACAACAAGUGUCUUUAAAGAGCAUGAAGAAAUACUGAGCUUCGGGAAAAAUAUUGAGAAUAAAAAUUUGGAAAUGGGGGAAACAAAACUUCUCAUGAAAUUUUGUUCCAGUUACUCGGUUAAAAUACCUUAAUUAUUUUAUACAAGAGGUAUCUCAACUUUUUACAAGAGACUGGAUGCACAGAACUUCCUUUGCCUUUUGCAAUGUACAGCUAAAACUGAGUAUUUGUAAAUUCCUAUCUAUUUUAAUUUUGAUUGUUUUUACUUCAAUGGUAAAUUUACAAGAGAAAAUCUGAACAGAUUGAUGAAGGUAGAGCAGAAGAUGUGGAUAUGGAUUUCAGCAAGGCAUUUGACAAGGCUUAUUGAGAAAGUAAGGAGGCAUGGGAUCCAAGGGGAUAUUGCUUUGUAGAUCCAGAACUGGCUUGCAGAGUGGUUGUAGACGGGUCAUAUUCUGCAUGGAGGUCGGUGACCAGUGGUGUGCCUCAGGGAUCUGUUCUGGGACCCAUACUCUUUGUGAUUUUUAUAAAUGACCUGGAUGAGGAAGUGGAGAGAUGGUUUAGUAAACUUGCUGAUGACACAAAGGUUGGGGGUGUUGUGGAUAGUGUGGAGGGCUGUCAGAGGUUACAGCGGGACAUUGAUAGGAUGCAAAACUGGGCUGAGAAGUGGCAGAUGGCGUUCAACCCAGAUAAGUGUGAGGUGGUUCAUAUAUGAUGGCAAAAUAUAGUAUUAAUGUUAAGACUCUUGGCAAUGUGGAGGAUCAGAGGGAUCUUGGGGUCCGAGUCCAUAGGACACUCAAAGCUGCUGUGCAGGUUGACUCUGUAGUUAAGAAAACAUAUGUGCAUUGGCUUUCAUCAAUCAUGGAAUUGAGCUUGGGAGCUGAGAGGUAACGUUGCAACUAUAUAGGACCCUGGUCAGACCCCACUUGGAGUACUGUGCUCAGUUCUGGUUGCCUCACUACAGGAAGGAUGUGGAAACCAUAGAAAAGGUGCAGAGGAGGUUUACAAGGAUGUUGCCUGGAUUGGGGAGCAUGCCUUAUGAGAAUAGGUUGAGUGAACUCGGCUAUUUUCUCCUUGGAGUGAAGGAGGAUGAGAUGUCACCUGAUAGAAGUGUACAAGAUAAUGAGAGGCAUUGAUUAUGUGGAUAGUCAGAGGCUUUUUCUCAGGGCUGAAAUGGCUAGCAUGAAAGGGCACAGUUUUAAGGUGCUUGGAAGCAGCCACAGAGAUGUCAGGGGUAAGUUUUUUAUGUAGCGAGUGGUGAGUGCAUGGAAUGAGCUGCCGAUGGUGGUGGAGGCGGAUAUGAUAGGGUCUAUUAAGAGCCUCCUGGACAGGUACAUGGAGCUUAGGAAAAUAGAGGGCCAUGGGUAACCCUAGGUAAUUUCUAAGGUAAGGACAUAAUCGGCAGAGCUUUGUGGGCUGAAGGGCCUGUAUUGUGCUGUAGAAUUGCUAUAUUACUAUGAAUGGAAGGAUUAAUAUGUGGCUUGUAUUAUGCUGUCCUUUGAGUAGUUAGAUAAACCAACUCCCAAUUUCUAUUCAGUGGAUGUAUUUGGGCUGAUUAUCGGUGUAUAUUUGUACAUUUCUAGGAUGUAAGUUGGUUGCAGUUCUGUCAUCCUACUCAGUGACAGUUAAACAAAUUAAUACUGCCCCUUAUACUGUAAAUCAUGUAGUAUUAUAAUAUGUAUUUCUCCAAGAAACAGCAGUCUGUGGAACAGACCUCUGUGAGAGAUUUGAUUUGUAGUUCGAUUAUAAUGUCUUGUAACUGGCAAAUGCAUACUAAGGGACAACCAAACCAAAAAGAGGAAUCUAAGUGGCUAAUUAAUAUGUAGUACUUAUCUGGUCAUUCUCAUCUCAGAUCAAAUCUUAUCCAAAGUAACUGGCAGCAGAAUUUCAUACUGAGCCAAGAACCAUAACAAUAACUACCAUCAUCUAAUUUUUGCACAGCUGGACAUUUGAAACUAAUUGUAAAUCAGCAGGUUGAAUUUGUUAUGGCCAUGUGACUUCCUUAUCUAUUUCAGAAAUAUAUAAACAAAAUCUAAUUACCCUGUAUAAAAGCAAGCAGUUAGAGGAGAGACAAAAGGUAUUGCAACAAUUUUAAUGUGUCACUGGUAAUAAGCAGGAAUCACACUUUGUGGUUGUAUAUUCCUGUAGGUCACAUUGUAGACUUGUAGUGGAUCAAUAUCAAUAGUAGUAAAACAUUUAUGUGCUUUAUAUGAUAUAUGAGCUUUUUCAGACCAGUUUUGUAUAUUCUGUUUAUAUUUAGAACCAGCCUCUGCUGUUUCAGACCUGCAUGUCAUUCUUUGAAGGAAAUCGGGGUGAAUCAGGUUCCUACCCCACCACAAUACGGAACAGCUUGUAAUAAAGUCAUAGAUGGCAAUCUAAGUAGCAAUAACAAUGAGAAACUAUUUUUUUGGCUUAUUUGUAGCCUUUAACAAAUUAACAACAUCAUCCACUUCCAAAGGUUCUCUUCUUCACUCACUUACUUUUGGUGGGAUAACUUAUAUCUGAUUUUAUUCUUAAUUGUCUGUUGAUAGCCAGGGCACUCUCCGCUCUGAUAUCCUCCAAGAAUCUAUUGGUUCCUCCUGUUUCUCAGAUAAAUGUUAACCCUCAGCAAGAUCAAACAUGCACAGUCAAUUUCCUUAUGUGAUUUCAGGACUCCUGGCUCUAUUUCUCCCCCACUAGCCUGUUUCCUACUGCUGUCACCCCGCAAUGUGUCAAU